AUGCGAAUUCCACAACUGCCACUUCGAAUUUCCAAGCGAUUCCACUCCCGAGAAUAUCGUCUAGCCGGUCGAGAACAAUCAGUAUCUGUAGAUUUUGAUGGGAAGAAUGCGUUGGAGUUGAAGAGUGGUCACAUCGCCAGAUUUGCGUCAUCCGCCGUCGUCGCCUCAUCUGGAGACAAUGCCGUCAUGGCUACAGUAGUUCAGAAAAAAGAGAAACAAGGAGACGGUAAUGGAGUACCUCUACAAGUCGAAUAUCGCCCAUCUGCAUCAGCAAUCGGCCGAAUUCCCACCAAUUUUUUGCGAAAAGAACUGAGUCAAUCGGAUACUGAAAUUCUGAUCUCCAGAGCUAUUGACAGGUCGAUUAGGCCACUUUUGCCAACGAAUUCCUAUGAGACUCAGGUAAUCUGCAAACCGCUGGCACUCGAUGAGAACGCCGAUCAAAUAAUGUUGGGAAUCAACGCCGCCUCCACGGCGCUUCACAUCUCCUCCGCCCCAUUCUCAGGCCCCCUGGCGGCUCUCCGUGUCACAAUGUCGUCACGUGGCACAUUUCAAAUCAAUCCGACACAAGAGGAGAUUCGAGAAGCUUCUCUCGACGUGAUAAUUGCAAUGAAAAAGAAUCAGAAGACGAUUAUGAUUGAGUUAGACGGGAAAGAGGUGUCCGCGGAGCACUUGGAGCAGGCGUGCCACGUGGCUUUUGAGAAUGUGGAGAAACUCCACGUGGCAAUGGAAAAGAUGGCGGUGGGAGUGGAGAAAGAUGUGUUGCCGACGAAAAAUUUGGAAAAAAUUGAGAAAAUUCUGAGAGAAUUGGUCACGGAGAGAGUAUAUUAUGUGAUGACUGAUUCGACGCAUGAUAAGAUUUCGAGGGAUCAAGAGAUUCAGAAGAUUUAUCGAGAUGUGGUGGAGAGUAAAGAACUCCAAUCCCACAGCCCUCAGGACAUCUACCCAUGCUACUCUGCCCUCGUCAAACAGAUUCUCCGAGAGACCGUUCUCAACACAGGCAUCCGUUGUGAUGGCCGAAAGAUCACAGAUUUUCGACCAAUUACCAUUCAAGUGGACAUGUAUAAGAAGCUCCAUGGAUGCUCCAUGUUUCAGAGAGGACAGACACAAGUCAUGUCUACAGUAACCUUCGAUUCACCCACCGCCGCAUUCCAUCCGGAUUCGGUGGCUCAGUUGUUAGGAUCACAGAGGAAGAAGUCGUUCAUGUUGCACUAUGAGUUCCCGAGUUUUGCGAUUAAUGAAGUUGGGAUCUCGCGUUCCUCGAAUCGUCGUGAAAUCGGACAUGGUGCAUUGGCUGAAAAAGCUCUCAAAAAUCUGUUCCCCAAAGAUUUUCCAUAUGCGACACGUCUUGCUUGCCAAGUACUUGAAUCCAAUGGCUCAUCGUCGAUGGCCUCUGUCUGCGGUGGCUCAUUGGCUCUUUUCGAUGCGGGUGUCCCGAUGAAAAGUGCGGCGGCCGGUGUGGCGAUCGGAUUGAUUACAGAUCAAAAUGAGCCCGAUUCGAAGUAUAAAGUGCUCACCGAUAUUCUGGGAAUCGAAGAUUACGCUGGGGAUAUGGAUUUUAAGAUCGCCGGAACGAAAAAUGGCUUCACCGCCGCCCAACUCGACGUGAAAAACGAUGGACUCACACGUCAACAGCUGAAAGAGAGUCUCCAGGCCGCCCGUUCUGGAAUCGAUCACGUCUUAUCGAAAAUGAAUAUAAUGAGAGAUCGACCGCGUGAAGAGUUCAAAACUACAGUACCCAUCAUCCAAUCGAUACGAAUUGAACCGCAUAAACGUGUCACUUUGUUCCGAAAUAAUGGAUAUAAUUGUAAAUUGAUCGAGGCGGAGACCGGCGUGAAGAUUUCCGCUGAAGACGAGAAUAACAUUUCCCUGUUGGCACAAAACAAGCAAAAACUGCAAAAAGCGAUGGAUAUGAUGGGAGAGGUGCUGGAGACUCAUGGAAAUUUGGACUUUGCGUUUGGAUCUAUUGUGCAGGCGGAGAUUGUGGAGAUCGUGGACCGCGGAGUGUUUGUCACCCUGCCUGGCAGCUCCCAACGUAUCUUUAUGAAUAACAACCAUCUGAGUCUCAACCCAAUCCGACAUCCCGAAGUACUCGGACUGAAAAUUGGUGAUAAAAUGAGCACGACGUGGUUCGGACGUGACGAACAUACUGGAAAUAUUCGAUUAUCCCGGAGGACGUUGACAGGCGCGGCGCAUCCGGCAACUGCUCAGAAACCGAAGAAAUAA